AUGCCGUGUCGGCGCCUUGGCAAGAAAUGUGAAUAUAUAGAACUUCCUCCACCUCCAACUGCUCCUCCGCCAGAUGGAACAAGUCAGCCGUCUCUAUCAGAGCCCAAUCAACCGUUUCCCUUGGCCUUCUUCUUGGAUCCGGAUCUCUUCACACCACUAACCACCAGCAAUGCGUUAGCACCUGGGCCAAGAGUCGAUCUGCAGCAGAUUAUAGCCAAGCACUUGGAAUCAGAUGACUUGCCAGUCCUCUAUCACAAUUACUUUGCUUCAGUGCAUGAGUGGCUUCCCAUGAUUAGCAGAAAGCGUGUCACACAUCCCGAUCCUUUCAGUCAAGAUGCUUGCCAUGAUCUACUACUUUUAUGCAUGAAAAUAUGCACGCUCAGACCCAAUGGCCACCCUCCAUCUCAGCACCCGUUGUACAUGUUGGCAAAAACUCUAUGUGCCGCCGCCGAAAGUGCAGGCCUAGUUUCACUUCGCCUAACUCAGUCCUUGGUGCUAUUGGCUCUCUAUGAAGCGUGCCAGGCUAUAUAUCCUGCCUGCUACCUCACAAUCAGUCGAGCGGCGAGACUGGGCAUACUAAUGAGUUGGCAUGAUAGAGAUGCACAGCAGCUCUUCAAGUUUGCUGAUUCCUGGUCUAAGCGAGAAGAACAGCGCCGGACAUGGUGGACUAUCUUUGUACUUGACAGAUUCAUCAGCAUGGACACAAGUGGGCUACCAUUUUCAGCUCCGGAGCCUUGCCCUGACGAGCUUCUGCCAGUCAACGACGAAGACUGGGUUUUGGGUAAGACAGUACCAAGCGAGCCACUGUAUACAGCAUGCUUCAGCUCUAUCACAACCCUUGGCUCCUUUGCUAGGACAUGCCAAGCAGCUCAUAUGCUCGGCAAGGUCAUUACACACAAACAUUUGAAAACCAAAUCUUCGCACGAUAUCCUACAUGUUGUCCAGGAAGCCCAGAGCCUUAAUAGAGCACUAAACUCACUACAAAUUUCUAUUGAAGAACAAUCCUUGAGCAACGUUUCUUCUUCUUCAGCAUCCUCUCUGGCAUGUGCUUCCGCCAUUUGCAUUAGUGCUCAAGCGCUCCUAUACGGAGCUUAUGGUUGUCCUGACGCGCCUGGAAUAACAAGUCGAGAACGCUUGACACACGAAACAGAAUUGCAAAGUAUUAGCGUUCAAGGCCUGAGAGCACUAGGUAGUACUUUGACCCCUAAGCUGGCUCAGAUUCAGUCAGAUUGUCCUCUCCAAGCAAGAUGUUUUUAUACCGCUUGUAGUGCAUGCUCAUGGUUUAUUCGGGAAGACAAUGAGCCUCAGAUGAAAGAUGCUUUGGUGACUAUUGUCGAUGGUCUUAAAAGGCUAUCCGAACGUUGGCCAAUUGCGACUGAGUACAUUUCUCUUCUCGAACAUGGUGGGAUUCUGCGUCUCAUCGAUACCACCUCUGACAUGGAAAUCACGUCUUGA